AAGAUGAAGCUGACAGUAAUAGCUGCCUUGUGUCUAUCUCUUCUUUUGGUUCAUAUUAAUCUUUCAUUGGCCGUUAAAAAAGGAAAGUUUGGAGGGAUAACAAAUCUUUUUAAAAAAACUCCCAAAACAAGUACUAAACCAGAAUCCAAAUCUAAGGAUGCAAUACUCAAGAAGUUCAAACAACCCACUCAGUCCAGCCAAGGAACCUACCCCCAGCAACCUGGAGGGUACCCUAACCAAGGAAGCUACCCUCAACAGCCAGGCAGACCAGGAGGAUACCCUAACCAAGGAGGCUACCCCCAGCAACCAGGAGGGUACCCUCACCAAGGAGGCUACCCUCAACAGCCAGGCAGACCAGGAGGUUACCCUAACCAAGGAACCUACCCCCAGCAACCAGGAGGGUACCCUAACCAAGGAGGCUACCCUCAACAGCCAGGCAGACCAGGAGGUUACCCUAACCAAGGAGGCUACCCUCAGCAACCUGGAGGGUACCCUAACCAAGGAAGCUACCCUCAACAGCCAGGCAGACCAGGAGGUUAUCCUAACCAAGGAGGCUACCCUCAACAGCCAGGAGGGUAUCCUAACCAAGGAGGCUACCCUCAGCAACCAGGAGGGUACCCUAACCAAGGAGGCUACCCCCAACACCCAGGAUACCCAGCUGGUGGUUAUCCAGCACAGGCCUACCCAUAUGGAGGAGGUUAUGGCAGUUAUCAGGGUGGAUACAUAAACCACAACCCAAACAACAAAAUCCUGAGUCCUCAGUAUGGUGGCAGUUUUGGUUAUGGGGGUUAUAGCGCUGGAUAUGGCUCUCCCUUCUCCCAACAUGUAAAGUCGAUGGGCUUUCGCCCCUCUGAUAAAUCCAGAGGAUUUGGACACACUGCAGUAAUGGCAGCAGCUGGAGGGGCUGUGGCAGGAAUGGCUGUGGGCUAUGGAUUAGGGAGGUUCCCUCGGCCAAAUUUCCACUUUCACAGUCCCCAGGAGGAAUAUUACUACAACUACUAUAUGUACAGGAAAUAUGGUAUCAAAUCUAGCGAUACUAAUGACUACAGCAGAGAUUACAGAUAUGAUCCACCCCCUCAGACCUAUGAUAGAUACAUGGACUCCUGCAUGAAGAGAACAGACCUUCUGCCUGCAGAGAGGCAAAAGCCAAACAACAAAGCACCUGCCACCACAACUCACACUACCCAAGCUGCUUCUGUUAAUUCCAAUACUACUUCUGCACCAGUUACUGUAACUGGCAGCAACGCAACAAGUAACAGCACUGCAACAAGUAACAGCACUGCAACAAGUAACAGCACUGUAACAAGUAACAGCACUGCAGCAGACAACUCCUCGACCACUGCACCUUCAACUCUCCACCCUCUAAAUAAAUCUGAAGUCAAUCCUACAACUCCACCUGCUCGGGUUCUUAGAAACGCUGCUACUGAUGAUGAUGAUGAUGAAACAGUCAGCAUUGUGGAGAUAGGCUACCCAGCACUGAUCAAACAGAUGAAGGCCAAAAGAUGUCUUGAGCUUUACAUGGUCUACACUGAAAAGCAUUUGAAAAAAAUACCGACACCCACACCGCACUCUCCUACUGCUGGAGUGCAGAGACUAGAGAUGGGCUUGCAGGGGCUUUUAUCUGUGGUAACUGGCACUACAGUGAUGCUAUUGAAUAUCAAAACGCAAAUGCUGCUGCUGCUGCACUGAGGCAUUUAUUAGCAUUGAAGGUGACUGAGAAAUGUAGGUGUAAGGUGCCCAACAAAAAAAGUAUUAAAACAGAAUGGCUCCAGGUAUAAGCAUGUCAUUCAUUUGUCCUCUAUCCUGGUUUAGACUGAAACUAUCUUGGGAAGUGGUAAAAUAUCUGCUGUUUGUAUAUCUGCAGUCCCCAAAGAAUGACAGGUUGACAUUUUUGAUUUUGAGUAACAUAUCUUGAUGAGUUUUGGGUAGAUUAUCAGGCUACCAUCAGUCCAAUUAUCUUUUUCCAAUAGUUGGUUUUGUUUUAUCACCAAAUACCUGCAAAAUUAUAUGCAUUCUUAUCAGCCUGAGCUGAAAUUUGUGCUAAACUUUGUAAAUACGGUGAACAUGCUAGCAUGUUGAAAGUAGCAUUUAGCCAAAACCCCCAUUGUGCCUCAGAGAUCCACAAAGAUAGCUGUACACUUGGACUCUUGCUUAUUUAUUUAAAAAAUGUGGCCAGUGUUAGUGUGUUAGGGGAUUUUUAGCACUCUGGAAAUCAUACGGAUUGUGUUACUGUGAUGAUGUGUUUAAACAAAUACAGUAGUGCCAUAAAGGAUGUGUGAUAUUAGUAUGUAUAUGUAGUAUGUAUAUGUAGUGAUAUUAGUAUGUAUAUGUAGUGAUUAUAAGAACUUGUGUCAAGCUAAUGUUGAAGGACUGUCUGACUGAAGGACAGUUCAAAAAUGAAGAGUGAACAUUACACUGAAUGAUGACAAUGUAGUAAAUAUUAAAAUAUUAACAUUGUGAGCACAACUGAGUAUUCAUAAUGGAUCACAUUUUUACUGUUGUUAUUGUAUACUAAACUGAAUCUUUAUGUAAUUACCACAAGUUUAACUGAAAUACAGAAAAACUAUUCAAAAUCCUC